AUGGCACGCUACCUCACACCGGCCAAGAUUGGCCUCCUAGCUCUGAUUGAGCUUUACGCCGAAGAAGCGGUCCCCAAUGACGCGAUAAUUCCUGUCCUGAGCUUCCUCGCCUCCCACAUCCUCGACAGCGACCUGCAAAGCACGACGUCGACGUCUACGCCAGGCGCAGGCGCAGCAGCAAACCGGUGGCAAAGAGCUGAGCGCAGCAUCGGACUGGUUGUCUCCGUCAAAGAUUUUGAGAACCUUUUGCUUCCCUUUCCGGCGGUAGACCGACUGCCCGGCCGCCGUCUGUGGGACAGGUUUCUGGAGAAGCUGUGGGGCAUCGAUUCUCUCGAUGCAUUGCAAGAGUUCUUUUCCCUUCGGCCACGAGUGUUGGCACGAACCAGAGAAGAGUUGCGCCGGAUGGCAGAGGCCAGAGAGGAACCCCCGUCGGGGAUACUCUUGGCUCGGAAUUCGCCCCUGGGGGCUUUCGUGAGGAAGGCCGUGUUGGAGUUCACGAGGUUGCAGUUCCACCACUCGGCGGAACUGUGGAAGGCGUUCGUCAAGUACCGCCAGCCUACGGUUGCUUACUGGAGGAGACGUAAUCCGCAGUGCGGGAGACUCAGUUUCGACUCGGUGUUGAUGGAGGGCCAGCAUGAAUGGGGGCCGUUCACGGAUGGAAUCGCUGUGACGGCGUACGGUGGUAUGCUCAUGGGCCAAGAAGACGACGCGCUACCGGUCAGCACGGAUGACGUUGAGAGUCUCCUUGAGUUCCAGAUUGAUCAGAUACAGAAGUAUGGUGCAAGAGUACCUGCGGAGAUCAAGGCGAAAUUCCACGCCAUGCUGAGAGACAGCCACGUUGUUCCCAGUCUGUCCCAUUAUUUAAACUUCUCGGAUGCUUGGAGAUCCGGUGACUAUCCAUCGGCGUUCGACUACCUCCACAGAUACUUCGACUACACCAUGCAAAACCGCGACCGUCUUUUCUACCACUACGCUCUCAUGAACUUGGCAAUCGUACAGUCAGACUUUGGCUGCCACAAGGAGGCGAUGGCAACCAUGCUCGAGACCAUCUCCACCGCCCGAGAGAACAAGGACAACACCUGCCUCAACUUUUGUCUGAACUGGUUCUAUCACUUCGGCCGAGCACACCCGGAUCUCGUCCAAGAUCUCGAGGCCAACAGCAUGAUCGGAAGCGGCAAGGAAGCCCUCGCCUUCCUCCGAGCGAAGGCCAAAGAAACCGGCAUGCUCGUCCUCCGGAGUUCCGCUCUUCUCAGCGAAGCCAAGCUCAACAUGGCCAACGGCGAAAGCAUAGCCGGCGCCAUGGAACACCUCGUGCGCAGCUCACAAAUCAUCGUCGAACGCAACAUGAAGUCCCUCUUCGGCUCGCAACUAUCCGUCACCACAUCGCUCUGGGACCGCCUCGGCAUCUCCUACCUCUCCAGCAUGACCAGCGAGGUCUUUCUGCGCGUGCACGCCCCCAGCGCCUGCUUCGACGACGAGCUCAAGAUGGUCUGCCGGCUAGCCGGCACCCUCGCCGGCAAAGGCAAGUACGACGAAGCCUUCGCCAAGCUCGAGGAUGGCAUCGACAAGAACGCGCUCCGCGCCGCCAAACCGAACCAGUACUGGCACCUCUACCGCGGGCUCGUCAAGCUGCGGCGCGACCUGCACCGCAACGACCUCGACACCGCUGAGACGCUGCUUGCGCAGCUGCUGCAGGUCGGCUCCGAGGAGCUUGAUCCGGACGUGGUGUUCAUCAUCGACUCGCUGCACAUCGAGGCGUUGAUACGACGGAAAGAUUUUGAUGCCGCGUACGAGAAGAUCGAGCGGCUGGUCGCCAAGUUCCGCGAUGACCAUCGAGAUCUCUCGCUGCGUAUUCGGCUGCUGUUGGUAAAAGCACACUUGUUUGAUGCCAUGGGCAUGCCGGAGCGGGCGUUCUCGAUCACCAUGCGUGCGGCUAGUCUGGCGUGGCGGGCACGGCUGCUUACACUCCUGUGGCAGGCUGUGGGCGCUCUGGCAAAUAUUCUGAACGCGAUGGGUGAGUUCCCCGCUGCUGUACAGCUCGUGGAAGCUGUGCUGCCGAGAUCGAUGGAGUCGGAGAAUGCCUUCAACACAGGCAUGCUGUACAGUAUCCUAGCGGACGCCAGGAUGGGGCAGGCUGGAAAAGCUGGAAAGGCUGGGCGGGCGGCGGCGACGACAACGACAAAGGGCGAAGUAUCAGGACUGGCAGCGUCAAGCGUGACGAAUAACAACAAAAGAGACGUACUCUUUAAGAAGGCAGAUGAAGCGCUAGAGUGUGCAUACAAACACUUCUCUGCGGCGGAAGAUCUGGAGAAGCAGUGCGAGACGCUGGCGAAGAGGGCGACGCUGAUGAAGGUGCUGGGAAAUCAUGCUCGAGCGGAGGAGUUAGCAGCGCGGUAUAUGGGUUUGAGGAGGGAGAGCUCAUCGAGGGAUUAUUCUGGAUUGUGA